AUGCAAAUUUCCUGGCCGUUGGUGAAGAAUUCGGCUUCGACCUCAAAGCAGGGAGAGGCGGAUUUCACCACGAAGCUGCCUGCAGGCGGCACGUCCGCGGUUCGGGCGCUCGGCCGGGGUGCGGGGGAGCGGCCGCGUGACGUGGGGCUCGAACAGGAAACAGGAAGCGUCUGCUGUCAACACGCGGAAGUGGCGAGUCGGCCGGUGCCUGCAGCUGCUGCUCAGAGAGCCAGUCUAAGCCGGCGGGAGGGGAGAAGGGGGAGGGUAGUUCUGUUUUUUUUUCCCCCCUGCCCAGCUGGCUGGUGUGAGAAGUUUAAUGCGGAGAGAGCUCCUCGGCCCGCCCGACUUCCCAGGCCGCCGCCCCCAGAAUGGACAGAGGCUUCUCCCGGACACAGUUUGGAGGUUCAGUUUAUUGAAGAGAAGGGGAAGUUUGCAUCGCGGCCCCUGCAAUUGUCAUUGUGGUGGUGGGUGGUCUUGCUUCCUUGGUGGGGAAUGGAGACAAAACGACUCGUCGCCUGGCUCCUGGUGUCGGCUGGUUUUCUUUACCUCGUUUCUUGGGUGCUCGAGUACUUUGGCAGCCGGGGAUGGCAGGAGUCUACCGUUCGGCUGGACAUGGCGGGCGACUCGGCCGGUUACGUCUUCGAGCAGAGCGACCAAUCCGACGAGCUGGCCAUCCGCUGUCUGCAGGAGGAGCUGAGCCGCAGCGGCCGCCUGCGCCGAGUGUGGCAGAACGCCCGCUGGCGCACUGAACUGGCAAAGGUGGACGGGCUCCGACCAGAGCACGUCAUGGCGGUGAACGCCUACACCCAGCUCGACUUCUACGCGAUAUUCAACCGGGCGCUUCGGACGUACGGAGCGAACGAUUCGAUCUACGCAACGCACUUCCGCUUUAAAUGCUACCACUACCUCCUUUCCGUCGCGCUUGAAAAACUGAGAGGGCCCAUCCCGGGCUCCUGCAGGGAGACCUUCCGAGGGAUGGGGCACCGGGCGGUGGGCGGGAACGGAUCGGAGAUGAGGUUCGGCUUCUUCGCCUCCUCCUCCGCACACUACCGCAUCGCCGAGAGUUUCGGCGCCGCCGCCGUCUUCACCAUCCGCUCGCAGUACGGGGUCCCGAUCCAGAACUUCUCGGAUUUCCCAGAAGAGGCGGAGGUGCUCAUCCCGCCCUACGAAAUUUUCCGGAUCGAGUACCCGGCCGGGAGCGGCGUGGACGUGGUCCUCACCAGCCGCGGCCGCCGGACGAUCCCGGUGAGGCUGGACGAGGUGGGAGGCGGGAGGGUUCGGGUGAGCCGUGUUACCCCCGUCCAUGUCGCAACGGAUACUCCCGAGCCCUGAACCCUAAACUGUGUGCCGCCGUGCCCCGGCUUCCCGGAGUUUGCUGCUCCGCACUCUCACCAGGCGGGCCGAGGUGUGCAGGGCCUCGGUGCAGGUAAGCAUGAGGCGCUGCGAUUCUGAACUCCGAGCCACCGAGGGGGCUUCCCCUGUGGACGGAAGGAGCGUCGGAGAGACUGAGGGCCGCGUGCGCAGAGUUCGCCGGAAGCGACGUUACGGGGAGACGGGGCUGGUGGAGGGAAGAGGCGUUCGUUCAAGUUCAAGUCAAGACGUUGAAUGGCACAGACGGCGCAGUCACAGGCGAGAGGAAAUCUGCAGACGCUGGAAAUCCGAGCCACAUACACACACACACACACACACACACACACACACACACACACACAGAUACUCGGUAGGCUCCACAGUGAAGGAAAAUCCACCGCCGCGACGAGGUCACCUGCAGGUGGGAGGAACAAUCCCUUUGGGGUUAGCCUCCCACUCGACGGGGUGAGCACCGAUUUCUCAAACCUUCGGUAACGCCGCCCCUCCCCCAUCUCCUUCACCAUUCCCCAUCCCAUUUUCCUUCUCUCGCCUUAUCGCCUUGCUUGUCCAUCGCCACCUCCAUCCCCCCCCCCCCACCGUACUCCUCUCCCUCUCCCCCCGUUUUCUUUCUUAAUUGACCCUUUGUCCUCUCCUAUCAGGCUCUCCCCCAAAAUCCAGCCCCGUAUCUCUUUCACCAAUCAACUUCCCGGCUCUUUACUUCACCCCUCUCGAUUUCGCCCGUCACCUUGUGUUUCUCUCUCCCCUCCCCCACCUUUUAAAAUCUACUCUUCGGCUUUUUUUUUCUCCAGUCCUGCCGAAGGGUCUCGGCCCAAAAUGCCGACUGGUUACUCUUUUCCAUCGAUGCUGCCUGGCCUAGGGUUAGAAACAUAGAAAACCUACAGCACAAUACAGGCCCUUCGGCCCACAAAGCUGUACUGAACAUGUCUUUACUUUAGACCUACCCAGACUUACCCAUAACCCUCUAUUUCUUCUAAGCUCCAUGUACCUGUCCAGGAGUCUCUUAAAAGACCCUAUCAUUUCUGCCUCCGCCACCGCCGCCGGCAGCCCAUUCCACGCACUCACCACGCUCUGCGUUAAAAACAAAAUGUCCCUUGACAUCUCCUCUGUACCUACUCCCAAGCACCUUAUAACUGUGCCCCCUCGUGUUCGCCAUUUCAGUCCUGGGAAAAGCCUCUGACUAUCCACACGAUCAAUGCCCCUCAUUAUCUUGUACACCUCUAUCAGGUCUCCUCUCAUCCUCCGUCGCUCCAAGGAGAAAAGGCCGAGUUCACUCAGCCUAUUCUCAUAAGGCACGCUCCCCAAUCCAGGCAACAGCCUUGUACGUCUCCUCGGCACCCUUUCUCUGGCUUCCACAUCCUUCCUGUAGUGAGGUGACCGGAAAUGAGCCGACUACUACAAGUGGGGUCUGACCAGGGUCCUAUAUAGCUGUAACUUCACCUCUUGGCUCCCAAACUCAAUCCCACGAUUAAUGAAGGCCAAUGCACAGUACGCCUUCUUAAGCACAGAGACACCCUGCGUAGCAGCUUUGAGUGUCCUGUGG